AUGGGGACCGGCGUAUCAGUCGUGACUGGGGUCGCGCAAGGCGUAAGCGAACAGAAGAAACAGAACGCCGAUGCCUCCAACCAGACGCGCAUGCUGAAAUUCCACCUCGAUGUGCUCGUCGAUCCAUCAGCGCGUAAAGGCAAAGGCGAAGAGCUGCACAACACCAUCGUAACACUCCGAAACGACAAGUUAUGGGUCGAGUCCAAAAGCCCAAUCACCCGGAUGCCGCAAGAAGUCUCCCACCACCCAUUCACAGGCUUCUACGUCGCAUACCCAGACGACAAUCGCCCAUACACUCGGGGACUCGUCAGCACCAUCAGCGUCGACCCGCCCAUGCUGAACUGGAUCUACAUCGACAAAGACACGCUCGAAUGCAAGUACGCUUCGCGAAGUGGCAGCAUCGCGCAUCAUGUGGGUAGCUACGAUUGGACGAACGAGAGCAGCGAGAACUCGUGCAUUACUUUUGACGAGUUUGAGGGGUUCAUUGCAAUGGAAGAGGAGAACGGAGAGUGGGCCUUGUACUUUGAUUUGAACGAUGAUGGGUUGAAGGAGCAGAAGAAGGGGAGGAAGACGGUGGAGGUCAAUUUGCAGAGGAGGGUUAUUAGCGAGCAAGAGACGAACAAGUGGGGGCUGGCUGGGGAGGGGAAUAUUGGGUUCAAGAAGACCAGGGAGGUCUGA